CUACGACAUUCCGUUUAACAGGAGAAAAUGGCAGAGGCAAGAGAAAACCAGCCCCAGCCAGAUGACGACCUGAGCAUCCCCCGGGCUGCGCUCAACAAAAUGAUCAAAGAGCUGCUGCCCAACAUCCGGGUGGCCAAUGACGCCAGGGAGCUGAUCCUCAACUGCUGCACAGAGUUCAUUCACCUCAUUUCAUCCGAGGCCAACGAGAUUUGUGUCAAGCAAAACAAAAAAACCAUUUCUCCUGAUCACAUUGUCACAGCGCUAGAAACUUUGGGAUUUGGAGCUUAUAAAAAUGAAGCCAAAGCUGUCCUCAAGGAAGCUAAGGCCGUGGCUGCAAAGAAACGCAGAGGGAGUUCUCGCCUGGAAAAUCUGGGGAUCCCUGAGGAGGAGUUGCUACGGCAACAGCAGGAACUGUUUGAAAAGGCCAGACAGGAACAAGCCCUACUUGACCAGCAGCAGUGGAUGCAGAUGCAGUUGGCGUUACAACAACAGCAACAACAACAGUUGCAACAACAACCACCUGAUGAAAGUGACGACUAUUCUUAGCACAUCUGACCUCAAGUGACGACUAUUCUUAGCACAUCUGACCUGAAGUGACGACUAUUCUUAGCACAUCUGACCUCAAGUGACGACUAUUCUUAGCACAUCUGACCUCAAGUGACGACUAUUCUUAGCACAUCUGACCUCAAGUGACGACUAUUCUUAGCACAUCUGACCUCAAGUGACGACUAUUCUUAGCACAUCUGACAUCAAGUGACGACUAUUCUUAGCACAUCUGACCUCAAGUGACGACUAUUCUUAGCACAUCUGACAUCAAGUGACGACUAUUCUUAGCACAUCUGUGUGUGUAUGUGUUGUGAGUGGCAGGGCAACUACCAGUUGAUGAAUGGAAGUCUGUGUGUUCAGUGUUUGAUUGACCUGAUUAUCAAAGUUUUGACCAACUGCUUUUGCUUGUUUCCAUGGCAUCCAAACAGUGGUGUUUGGUUGGCUUUUGUGUAUGUGAGAGAGAGAUCCUGAUGUUAAAUUUAGCAUCAAUAUACUUGUAUGUUGCAAUUAAAAAAUUGUUUUUGUCAAAAUGCAAUGUUUCAUCAAAUGACACGUCCACACAACUUCAUGUUCUAUUUCCUUCUGGCAAGGAGAAAGGUUUUGGUCUAGGUGGUGUUUGUCAGUUCUGGGAGUGUGGCAUCAUGUAAUCAAAAUUUGGUGGCCAAAUGUUGCUUACAUGAGCUAAACAAAAUAAUCAAAAACAUUUUGUAUAAUAUUUUGUCUUUAUUGUGAAGCCUAAUUUAAGAUGAAAUGCUUUUUUAAACUUUGAACACAUUUUUCAAUAAAAAAAAUUCUAGUUCAGUCAAAAGUUCUCAUAUGUAGUGGCUGUAGCAAACAACAUUUACAGUGGGGAAAUCACCAACUGCAUUUAACAAAUACAUUUAAUCACUCAAAAAAAGGAAAUUGAAAUAAACCACAAACAGCCCAUGGAAGCCUUAAAUAAUUAAUAUUUACAAAAGUCUUGGAUUAAAAAAACGUUUUUUAAAGUUUU